AUGGAGAGUCCAGGUCUUCCCCUAUUGCCCUUUCCUCCUCUGUCAACAUUUCUCUUCUUACCCUCAUCAACCAUCAUUAUGACUCGAUCCCACAAGUUCAACGACCGUGUGCACGGUGCCCUUGCCGAGGCUUACGGACCGGAGGACCAUCUCCCUAAGUUCUUUGCCAAGAAUGGGUUUGCCGACACGGACCCGAAGAAGACCAAGAAGAACGGUUGUGGCAAGGGCAACUGGGGCAGUAUGGGCGAGGAGGUUGUUGACGAGAGCUUCAACUUUACCAAUGCCCGUCGCCGCUCUAACAGCAGCAACAUGGCCACGGACAUCAAGAACUUCAAGACCAAGUUCGAUAUGAACGAACCGGAGCCGGUUUUUGAGGAAGACAUCCAUGGGCCUCGCGACGAGGAUGAGGAGGAGCUGCUUCAUGCAACAGACACCAACUCGUCGAUCGACUCCGAGUAUGCCAAAAGCACGUAA